AUGGAUUCUACGGUUUUAAGCAUUUUAGGCGGUGCAGUUGUGUUGGGAGCUUUAGUUACCUAUUUAUCACGCAAAGCGACUUCUUUACGUGAUCCCGUUAAGGUAUGGCAUGCCUUAAAUAAACCUGUCAUAAGAAGGUUUAGACCUUUGAUAUACUCUUAUCUACUUUCUUUCGCUAAUCCUUUUGUCUCUUGUAUUCAUUUGCGCAUUACAACCCUCAACAAGGGAAUUUGUUCCGGAAUUUUAAAGGAACAAAAGAGAGUUCACAAUCCCUUUAACUGUAUUCACGCAGCGGCGCUUUGUACGUUUGCCGAAACUGUUGGGGGCUUGGCGGUAUUUAGUCAAUUAACCAAAAAAGAUAGAGCAAUCGUUACAAAAAUUAAUAUGGAGUAUCUCAAAAAAGCAAGAGGGUUAAUUACAGCCAUCUGUCAAUUUAACCUUGAAGAAGUUAGCGAACAACCCGAAAGUGAAUGUGAGGUUACUCUUAGGGAUGAAACAUUAGAUAUUGUGGCAAAGGCAACAAUAUUUUGGCAAAUUAGUAGAAAGGACUAA